UCCAGUCAGUCUGUCAGACGCGCGCUGUAGGGCUGCAGUCAGUGUGAGAUGAAGAUGAGGAGGAUGAAGCGCUCGCGGUCCGCCCACGCAGGAGCAUCCCUGGCUCGCAUCUAACCGUCGCGCGGAAUUGAAUAUCGCAUUUGUUUUCCGAUGGAGUAACGGGAUGAAUGUCGCGAGUGAUCGCUCGCACUUCGGCGACAUGACGAGCCCACCGCGGAGCGAACGAUGAGCGCCGGCGGGAAUCUGCGCGUUACCCUGGAAACGGCAGCGGAGCGGCGGAGACUCGAGCGAGCGCGGGCCGAGCAGAGUGCAGCGACAGCCGGACUGAAGACAGAGGAGCAGCCGCCGCAGGACGCGGAGCGGCACACAGCAGCGCUCUGACCGUGCGCCGAGAUAUUAAUUAAAGCGGGAAGAAUCUGCAGUUUCUGAUCAGCCAGUGAUGAAGAGCACCGCACAUGACCGCAUCACUGGCUCGCGCGAGGACACAGUGAUCUGACAGUUUGACAGAACUGAUCUGAGGCCAGAGAGAAUGACACGCGCUGAACAUCUCGACGCUAGUCACUGGACAGAGACGCGCUGAGGCCCGCCGCCUCCGGUCUCUCCCUCCGAGCACGCUCGUGCUCGCAGGAAGAGCUUUGCCUCGUCGCGGCAGAGAAGCAUGGAAGCUCCGCCCACUGCCCCUACACAGCCAUUCAGACAACCUAGUUUUCUAAGUCGCCGUCUGAAAGGAUCGAUCAAACGAGCAAAGAGCCAACCCAAACUCGACCGCACAGGAAGCUUUCGCCACAUGAUCCUCCCACGAUUCCGCAGCGCAGACCAGGAGAGGACGCGUCUCAUGCAGAGCUUCAAGGAGUCUCACUCUCACGAGUCCCUGCUGUCCCCCAGCAGCGCGGCCGAAGCCCUGGACCUCACGCUGGACGAGGACGCCCUCAUCAAACCCGUCCACUCCAGCAUCCUCGGCCAGGAGUACUGCUUCGAGGUGACCACUGCGUCGGGCACCAAGUGUUUCGCGUGCCGCUCCGCUGCUGAGAGAGACAAGUGGAUCGAGAACCUGCAGAGAGCCAUCAAACCCAACAAGGAUAACAGUCGUCGUGUUGAUAACGUGCUGAAGCUAUGGAUCAUCGAGGCCCGGGACCUUCCUCCGAAGAAGCGCUAUUACUGCGAGCUGUGUCUGGACGACAUGCUGUACGCACGCACCACCAGCAAGCCUCGCACAGACACCGUGUUCUGGGGCGAACACUUCGAGUUCAACAACCUGCCGGCCAUCCGCAGCCUCAGACUGCACCUGUACAAGGAGACGGACAAGAAGAGACGCAAGGAGAAGAGCACGUACCUGGGGCUGGUCAGCAUCCCCAUCUCCAGUAUAACGGGCCGUCACUUCGUGGAGCAGUGGUAUCCGGUCAUCCAGCCCAGUGUCCUGGCCAAGGGCAGCGGUGUGGGCGGCGGGAAGAUCAUCAACGCCUCGCUGCGCCUCAAGAGCCGCUACCAGACCAUGAGCAUCCUGCCCAUGGAGCUGUACAAGGAGUUCGCCGAGUACGUGACCAACAACUACCGCACGCUGUGUGGCGUCCUGGAGCCGCUGCUGAGCGCCAAGAGCAAGGAGGAAGUGGCCUGUGCGCUGGUGCACAUCCUGCAGAGCACCGGCAAGGCCAAGGACUUCCUGUCUGAUAUGGCCAUGUGUGAGGUGGACCGCUUCAUGGAGCGUGAGCAUCUGAUCUUCAGAGAAAACACACUGGCCACCAAAGCCAUCGAGGAGUUCCUGAAGCUGAUCGCACACCGCUAUCUCAGAGACACCAUCGGAGAGUUCAUCCGUGCGCUGUACGAGUCGGAGGAGAACUGUGAGGUGGAUCCGAUGCGGACGCCUCCCUCGGUGCUCUCAGAUCAUCAGGCUAACCUGCGCAUGUGCUGCGAACUAGCGCUCUGCAAGAUCAUCAACUCUCACUGCCUGUUUCCUCGCGAGCUGAAGGAGGUGUUUGCGUCGUGGCGUGUGCGCUGUGCUGAGCGCGGCCGGGAGGACAUCGCUGACCGUCUCAUCAGCUCGUCUCUGUUCCUGCGCUUCCUGUGUCCGGCCAUCAUGUCUCCGUCUCUGUUCAGUCUGACGCAGGAGUAUCCGUCUGAACGCACCUCUCGAACCCUCACGCUCAUCGCCAAGGUGGUGCAGAGCCUGGCCAGCUUCUCCAAGUUCAGUGGGAAGGAGGACUAUCUGGGCUUCAUGAAUGAGUUCCUGGAGAUGGAGUGGGGCUCCAUGCAGCAGUUCUUGUACGAGAUCUCUAAUCUGGAGUGUGUGAGUAACGCCGGGGCGUUCGAGGGCUACAUAGACCUGGGCCGCGAGCUCUCCAUCCUGCACAGUCUGCUGUGGGAGGUCAUGGCCCAGCUGAGCAAGGAUGCCAUCCUGAAGCUGGGACCCUUGCCGCGGUUACUGAAUGACAUCAGUGUGGCGCUGAGGAACCCGCAGCUGCACCGUCAGGCCAGUCACCAGCCGCCCGAGCGUCACAUGACCCGCCCGCCCUUCAGCCGCCUCGCCACCAACGACUUCCAGAGCCUCAUGAUGAGGGACCUCAACAGCUCCAUAGAUAUCUCUCGUCUGCCGUCUCCCACGUCUGGUCUUUCCGGCAGCGGCGUUCUCUCUCACCCUGGAAUGGCUGCGUUCUCAGAACGAGAUUCCCGUGGAAACAAAGACGUGUUCUACGUGACCCGCCCACCUCUCGCACGCUCAAGCCCCGCCUACUGCACCAGCAGCUCUGACAUCACCGAACCAGACCCCAAGGUGCUCAGUGUGAACAAGAGUGUUUCUAUGAUGGACCUGCAGGACUCUCGCAUCAACAGCGUGUCCAACCUGCACUCGGUCAACGACCUGCUCAACUCGUCUCAGGGGUCUCUGGCCGGCUUCGGUCCGCUGGGUGGCGCCCCCCUCAGGGCCGGAGGGCGUGUUUCGGCCGGCUCGGGCGGCUCCAGUAUGUCGGGAGGUUUGCGUCUGAGUCACUCGGGCGGCCUGACGAAUGAUUCUCUGUCCCAGCAGCAGCAGCAGCAGGCGGCCGCGAUGCACGUGGCUCUGUCCUUCCAGAACCCUCUGUUCCACCUGGCGUCCGACGGGCCGCAGUACCACACGCCCCCCCACGGCCCCGCCGCACCCCCACCGCUGCUGCUGGCGCCCGAGCCGGAGAACGGACACGUGGGAUUCGGCGUGCCGUCGUUCGGUCACAGCGGCUUCUCUCGCAGCGAGGACCUGUCGGCUCUGAGGACGCAGAACAGUCUGGUGCAGCCCAACAUCGUGCACUCGCACAGCUACAGCGACGACUACACCCGCCACAACCAGGCCGACUACGCCCGCAGACAGCUCUCGCUGCAGAUGCAGGAGAAUCUCCAGCAGCAGGUUCUGAUGGGCAUGGCUCCACAGACAGCCACAGGCACCGGCACGCCCGCUUCUCUGGCCACGCCCCCCACCACCAUCCAUCCUGUCCGUCAGGCCUCCAUGGCUCCGCCUCCUCCUCAGCGCAUGAAGCCUCAGCCCUCCCACCAGCUGUCUGUCAGCUCGGCCGCCAACUCCACGCCCCCCAAGACACGCCCCCAGAGCGGGAACCUCCUCCAGUCGCCCGACUCCAGUUUCGGCGGGAGGCAGUUGUCAAGGCAACAGCUGUCGAUGAAGGAUAGGCCCGCCCCCGGCCUGCCGCAUCAGUCCAGCACGACCUCGGAGAGCCCCGCCCCUCAAGGCGGAGCCAAUGAGAGCACAGAAAACACACCGAGCAACCAACCAGCAAAACCUGCACAGCAGAGCAACCAACAGCAGCUGCUCAAACCAACCGUGAACAAACAGGGCUCGAAGUCUCCGUCCACUCUCAAUCCUCCCUCAGCAGCGUCCGAGCGUACGGUGGCCUGGGUGUCCAACAUGCCACACCUGUCUGCGGACAUCGAGAGUCUGCGUGUGGACCGCGAGGACUUCAAACUGAAGGAGCACUCCAAGAGCAUGGACGAGUCCCGUCUGGACCGGGUGCGUGAGUACGAGGAGGAGAUCCACUCUCUGAAGGAGCGUCUGAUGAUGUCUCAUCGUAAGCUGGAGGAGUACGAGCGGCGGCUGCAUUCCCAGGAGCAGCAGACCAGUAAGAUCCUGCUGCAGUACCAGAGCCGGCUGGACGACAGCGAGAGACGCCUGCGCCAGCAGCAGAUGGAGAAGGACUCGCAGAUCAAGGGCAUCAUCAACAGGUUGAUGGUGGUAGAGGAUGAGCUGAGGGGAAGUGGAAUGCCUGACCUCAAAACCAGAAUAUUCACAGAACAGCCGAUUUAUGGCGCCCACUCUGGAACAUGAUUUGCCCGGGCAGGACUAGCGGACCUGUGAUUGGUUGAACCCCAACCCAGGAGUGUCUGAUGAUUGGCUGAGAGAGAAGAGAGAGGCGGAGCCUGAACAUGACGACCAACUCCAACUUCAGGACAUCUACACACUCUCUCUCUCUCUCUCUUUCUCUCUCACACACGCUGAGUUUAUAUAUGUAUAUAAGUGAUAUAUAACUAUAUAUUCCUCAGGUGUGUCUCUCUCUCUCUCUCUCCUGCUGUCUUUCUCUCUUUCUUCUGAAUUUUUUGAGCCAAAUGGACGACAAUCAGCAUCUUGAGGCCGAAACAAUCACACCGAUAGCACAAAGAAAAUCAACGCAGACAGACGGACGGAGAGAGAGAGACUUUAUUCACUCUCGUUCUCUUCCCAUCAUCCCCUGCCUCUCUUUCUCUCUCUUUACUGCAGGAGUGUGUGUGUGUGUGUGUGUGUGUGUGUUGUGUGUGUGUGUGGUUUUGAUCAGUUGCAGCCUCAACUUCCUAAUAAUGACUCAAUAACAAAUCUUUUUCAAAUUAUGUUUUGAGGAGCUUGAUUCUUUCUGAGCCAAUCAGACGUCAGCGUGCCGCUCAGAACCCCGCCCCUUCCUGUCCCAAGCGGGGGGGCAGGCUCUCCUCUCCGUGCCUAAAGAGCUCCAUCGAGAACAACAGGGCAAAAACAGACUUGACGAGUGAGUCGGACACUCGGUUCGUCCCAUGAUCACAUGUUUGCUCAUCUCUGACAGAGGGUCAUGUGACUCGCUCGCUCCGCAGAAGAAGGGAAGAGCGACUGGUGCUUGGUUCGUGGAGAGCGAGCGGA